CUUUCAACGCAACUGUCUUUGAACUACUGCAGUGAAUUGCCUGGAUCGCCAUGCGCUCAGCAGCCCAGAGAAGGUGGCCCUCAUCUGGGAAAAGGACGAACCCGGAUCCGAGGUCAAGGUGACCUACAGGCAGCUCCUGGAGAUGACCUGCCGCGCGGGCAACCUGUUGAGGCGGCGCGGCGUCAAGAAGGGCGACUGCGUCACCAUCUACAUGCCGCCGUGCCCGCUCGCCGUGGCAUCCAUGCUGGCCUGCGCCCGCAUCGGCGCCGCGCACAACGUGGUGUUUGCGGGCUUCAGCGCGGAGGCCCUCGCCGAGAGAAUCCGAGACGCCCAGUCCAGUACGGUGAUCACCGUCAACGAGAGCGUGAGAGGCGGCAAGGUGACCCGCCUGAAGGACACGGUGGACGAGGCGGUGCGCGGUUGUCCGACGGUGCGGCAGGUGUUUGUGGCCAUGAGGACGGACGCGCCGGUGGUCGCGACGCCCAAGGACGUCGCCAUGGAAGAGGAGAUGAUGUCGGAGGACGUCGUCUGCGAGCCGGCCGCCAUGGACAGUGAGGACGUCCUGUUCCUGCUCUACACCUCGGGCAGUACCGGGAAGCCCAAAGGCCUGGUCCACACGCAGGCCGGGUACCUGCUGUAUGCCGCGCUCACGCACAAGUACGUCUUCGACUACCGCGACGGAGACGUGUUUGGCUGCGUGGCGGACAUCGGUUGGAUCACGGGACACAGUUACGUCGUGUACGGACCCCUGGCCAACGGGGGCACCAGCGUCCUUUUUGAGAGCACGCCCAUUUAUCCCGACCCAGGGAGGUACUGGGAGAUGGUGGAGCGGCUGAAAAUCAACCAGUUUUACGGCGCCCCCACGGCCAUCCGCCUGCUGCUCAAGUACGGCGACCAGUGGGUGCGCAAGUACGACCGCUCCAGUCUCAGGACGCUCGGAUCCGUGGGCGAGCCCAUCAACAAGGAGGCGUGGGAGUGGUACCACGCCGUGGUGGGGGAGGGACGCUGUCCCGUGGUGGACACCUGGUGGCAAACAGAGACGGGCGGCAUCUGCAUCGCCCCGAGGCCGUCGGAGCCGCACGCAGAGAUUGUCCCCGGGAUGGCCAUGAGACCUUUCUUUGGCAUUAAGCCGGCGCUCAUGGAUGGCGAGGGCCGCGCGGUGACGUCCGACGAUGGCUCCGGAGCGCUGUGCCUCACUCAGCCUUGGCCCGGCAUGGCCCGCAGCAUCCACAACGACCACCAGAGAUUCGUCGACACCUACUUCAAGACGUACCCCGGUUACUUCUUCACCGGGGACGGCGCCCGGCGCUCCGAGGAGGGCUACUACCAGAUCACGGGGCGCCUCGAUGACGUCAUCAACGUCAGCGGGCACAGGGUCGGCACGGCCGAGAUCGAAGAUGCCGUGAACCAGUGCUCGGCGGUGGCGGAGUCGGCGGUCGUGGGCUGCGCGCAUCCCGUCAAGGGCCAAGGCGUGUACGCCUUUGUGGUCCUCAAGCAGGACGCCCGAGAAGCCGGCCUCGUCGCGCAGAUCAACGACAGCGUCUCCGACAAGAUCGCCAAGUACGCCUGCCCCGACCACGUCCAGUUCGUCCGGCGCCUCCCCAAGACGCGCUCGGGCAAGAUCAUGCGUCGGGUUCUGCGCAAGGUGGCGGAGGGGGACCUGGACGGCCUGGGCGACCUCAGCACGCUGGACGACCCCGCCACCGUGCAGGAGGUCAUCCGAGGUCACCGCGACCUCGCCGCCGAACGGCGGCCGUGAAGACGGAAAAUUGCAGAUUAGGAAAGGAGUUUUCAAGUGCUUUUAAUGAUGUUUACGGAAUCGCCGCAAAGAAACAUUUCCAGUGUAAACUCGC